AUGCUCCUGUGCUUGGAACAAGCUCCCCAAUUGGCUCACAGGAUCCACUUUGUCCCACCACCAAACAUUUUAGAGGCCCCCCCCCUCACUCUGGGCAGCUCUCAGCCCAUCUCUGAUGAGCCCUCGCCACCCCCUGAGCUCACAGGUGCCGGAGGCCACGCGCGGCUGACCACGGUCCCUCCUCAGGAGGUGGAGCCGGAGCCUGGCCCCAGAGGCCCUGAGCUCGUCACCCUGGGGGAGAACGACCCGCCGGCCACAGAGGGCCCCUUCUCCUUCAGGUCGCUUUUUGGCCUCGACGACCUGAAAAUAAGCGCCGUUGUGCCAGACGCAGAUGCGGUGGCCGCACAGAUCCUGUCACUGCUGCCCCUGAAGUUCUUCCCUAUCAUCGUCAUCGGGGUCAUCGCCUUGAUCCUGGCGCUGGCCAUCGGCCUGGGCAUCCACUUCGACUGCUCGGGGAAGUACCGGUGCCGGUCGUCGUUCCAGUGCAUCGAGCUGGCCGCCCGCUGCGACGGGGUCCCGGACUGCAGGGACGGGGAGGACGAGUAUCGAUGCGUCCGCGUGAGUGGUCAGGACGCCGUGCUGCAGGUGUUCACAGCUGCGGCCUGGAGGACCGUGUGCACCGAUGGCUGGAGAGGCCACCACGCCGGCGUGGCCUGCGCCCAGCUGGGCUUCCCCAGCUAUGUGAGCUCGGCCUCCCUCGGGGUGGGCUCCGUCGAGCAGCAGUUCCAGGAGGACUUUGCAUCCAUCAACCACCUCUUGUCGGAUGACGAAGUGACCGCCUUGCAGCACUCGGUGUACGCGAGGGAGGCAUGCGCCUCGGGCCACGUGGUUACCUUGAAGUGCACAGCCUGCGGCCUGCGGAGGGGCCCCCGCUCCCGCAUCGUGGGGGGCAACGUGUCCUUACUGGCGCAGUGGCCCUGGCAGGCCAGCCUCCAGUUCCGGGGCUACCACCUGUGUGGGGGCUCCAUCGUCACCCCUGUGUGGAUCGUCACCGCUGCCCACUGUGUUUAUGACCUGUACCAGCCCCAGUCGUGGACCGUCCAGGUGGGCCUGGUGUCCCUGCCGGACAGCCCAGCGCCCUCCCACCUGGUGGAGAAAAUCAUCUACCACGGCAAGUACAAGCCGAAGCGGCUGGGCCACGACAUCGCCCUCCUGAAGCUGGCCGGGCCGCUGCCCUUUAGCGACAUGGUCCAGCCAGUCUGCCUGCCCAACUCCGAAGAGAACUUUCCAGAUGGAAAAGUGUGUUGGACGUCGGGGUGGGGUGCCACGGAGGAUGGAGGCGACGCCUCCCCCGUCCUCAACCACGCGGCGGUGCCUCUGCUGCCCAACAAGCUCUGCAACCACAGGGACGUGUACGGCGGCAUCAUCGCCCCCUCCAUGCUCUGCGCCGGCUACCUGAAGGGCGGCGUGGACAGCUGCCAGGGAGAUAGCGGGGGGCCCCUGGUGUGUCAGGAGAGGCGGGUGUGGAAGUUGGUGGGGGCCACCAGCUUUGGCGUCGGCUGUGCUGAGGUGAACAAGCCCGGCGUCUACACCCGCAUCACCUCCUUCCUGGACUGGAUCCACGAGCAGAUGGAGAGGGACCUGAGAACGUGA